CCCGGCCGUGUCGAUUUAUGUACAAGUAGCGGAGAAUGAGGGAGUACCCCCCCUCAGCAUCUGGUCUUGUCACUCACGAUCAAUAACCCGCAAUGGACAAGCUUCAGCGACUUCCUCAUUCCAUUCCUGCUCUUUACGACAUCAGCGAUAGCAUCAAGUUAGUCGAGGUGGCUAAGAAGUAUGAGGGUCCAGAGGACGAGCUCGUUACUCGCGUGCCAGAGUACACCUAUCCUGGAGGGCCGAACGGUUACCACUGCAGCAAAGUGUCUACGUCUUGGACUCAAGGCUUCUUUCCUGGUCUGCUAUGGCUCCUCGUCGAACGCCAGCGUCUCUUGCCGGAGUCUGUCAGCUCCACUUACUCUGAGAACGAGAUUACCCGUCUUGCUCGUCGGUAUCAAGAGGGGUUUCGAGAUAUGGCUCGUACUGCCAUGAACCAUGAUCAGGGAUUUCGUUUCCAGCUCUCUUUUGGCAAAGAUUUGGAAUUGAAUGGUUCCGAGGAGGGCAAGAAGGCUCUGUUGGAAGCAGCUGACUCUUUGGUGGACUUGUACUCCCCUGAGGUUGCCUGCAUCCGAAGCUGGAAGCAGAUGAUCAGAAGUGGAGUGCCGAAUGACUGGCGCGCAGACAAUCAGCACGAACACUACCUUGUUAUCAUCGACAACCUAAUGAACCUUGACAUGCUGUAUGAGGCCACAGAACUGACGGGCAAGCCCAUCUACGCCGAGAUUGCGACAAGCCAGUGCGAAAAGUCGAUGCACUCCCAUGUGAGGCCCGACUUCACGACUUAUCAUGUUGUCGACUUUAACCAAGAUGGGACUGUCAAAAAGGCCAUGACUUGUCAAGGAUUUGAAGAUGAAUCGACAUGGAGCCGUGGUCAGGCAUGGGGUAUACAUGGAUAUGCGCAAUCUGCUCUUCGUACGGGGCGAGCAGACUUCCUCGAGACUGCCUGUAGACUUGCCGACAAGUUCAUCGAGCUUCUCCCCGAGUCUGGCGUUCCUUGGUGGGAUUUUGAUGCCCCGAAGCCCUGUCCCUACGACGCUUCCGCGUCAACCAUCGCUGCUGUCGGUCUUCUCUGGAUCUUCAUAGCCCUUCGCAAGACCGAUCCAGGGCGCGCGGAGCAGUAUCUCACUCGAGCGUUCAAGCUCGUGGAAGAUGUUCUUGAGGUCUGUAAGACUGCAAAGGCCGAGAUCGAUGAGGAGGGUAAAGUACGCUGGGGAGAGGGUGGGUGGGAGACUAUUUUGAAAGUGAGUUGCGACGCUGUACCCGUAUUAGUUUGAGGCCCAUUCUUCUCCGCCAGCAUUCCACGAUCAAUGGCAAUCGCCACGCAACCAGGCAGUUGAUGGAUCACGGCCUUGUCUACGCCGAUUUCUACCUGGUACAGUUUGGCAAUGAAGCUCUCAAACUCCGACCUCUGCCCAACUGAGAUUCGAAGACAAAUGAUUGAUUGAAGCCGUUUCUCCGUUGUUCUCGCCCAUGAAUCAUGACUGAUUGCCAGAGAUUGUCGUACUGUAUAGAUUUGACGUGAUGAAGAUGA